GCUCUCUGGCCCUGGAAAAGUCUCCUGAGAAGCAGUUCCUUUGCUACGGGCCGGGGGAGUCAGGAUCAGCAGCGCAGCGGCGGGAACCGCGGUCCAGCGGACCUGGAACCUCCCAGGUCUCCCACUGCUCAGCGAGAUCUGCUCACCUAUGAGUCAGAACUAAGAGCCCCGGAUGGUGAAGAGAGGAAACUGUAGCCAAGGAAUUGGGUAAGAGUAACAAGAAGAAUGAAUGCUUCUCUCCUAAAUGUUCCUCAGGGUCAGUUAACAUUCAAGGAUGUGGCAGUGGACUUCUCACAGGAGGAAUGGGAAUGUCUUGAUUGUGCUCAGAGGGCACUGUACAUGGAUGUGAUGUUGGAGAAUUACAAUAAUCUGUUUUUUGUGGAGACCCAUGGGAUGUGUCCUAAAUAUAAGAACAUCUUGGAUCAAGACCUUCAGCAUAUUGUCCAUGAGCAUGUGAAUAUCCAAGUGAAAUCUUAUAAAUGUCAUGAGCUUGGCAAAAUCAUUCAUGAAUCCACCCAAAGUACACCUUAUAAAACUAACCUCAGGGCUACAUCUGUUGAAUCAUCAAACCUAAGCAGACAUGAAACUGAAAACAACAGAGAACCUUGCAAAUCUAAAAGCCCUGUUAACUGUUUAAAUUUGUUCUCUACCAUUAGUUUAACUCAGGGAAUCCACAGAAGAAAAAAAGAAUACUAUGGUACAGAGCUUGUUAAGGUUUUUGACUCUAAACAAAAACUCAAGCUGAAGCAAACCAAUAAUAGAGAAAAACCUUACAAAUGUAGUGAAUGUGACAAAUGUUUCACCAAGAAAUGCAAGCUUAGACAACAUCAGAGAAUUCAUACAGGAGAGAAACCUUACAAAUGUAGUGAAUGUGACAAAUGCUUUACCCAAAAAGACAGACUUAUUAUUCAUCAGAGAGUUCAUACAGGAGAGAAACCUUACAAAUGUAGUGAAUGUGACAAAGGCUUUACCAGCAAAAGCCGUCUUAAUAUUCAUCAGAGAGUUCAUACAGGAGAGAAAUCAUACAAAUGCAGUGAAUGUGACAAAUCUUUUUCUCAGCAAGGCAAUCUUAGUAUUCAUCUGCGAAUUCAUACAGGAGAAAAACCUUACAAAUGUAGUGAAUGUGACAAAUGCUUUACCUACAAAAGUGGCCUUAGAAGUCAUCAGAUUAUCCACACAGGAGAGAAAGCUUACAAAUGUAGUGAAUGUGGCAAAUGCUUUACCCACAAAGGUGAUCUUAGAAGACAUCAGAGCAUUCAUAUGGGAGAAAAACCUUACAAAUGUAGUGAAUGUGACAAAGGCUUUACUCAAAAAUGCCGUCUUAUCAUUCAUCAGAUAAUUCAUACAGGAAAGAAAGGUUACAAAUGUAGUGAAUGUGACAAAUGCUUUAUUCUCAAAAGUGAUCUUAGUAUUCAUCAGAGAAUUCAUACAGGAGAGAAACCUUACGAAUGUAGUGAAUGUGGCAAAGGCUUUACCAGCAAAAGCCGUCUUAAUAUUCAUCAGAGAGUUCAUACAGGAGAGAAAUCAUACAAAUGCAGUGAAUGUGACAAAUCUUUUACUCAGCAAGGCAAUCUUAGAAUUCAUCUGCGAAUUCAUACAGGAGAAAAACCUUACAAAUGUAGUGAAUGUGACAAAUGCUUUACCUACAAAAGUGGCCUUAGAAGUCAUCAGAUUAUCCACACAGGAGAGAAAGCUUACAAAUGUAGUGAAUGUGGCAAAUGCUUUACCCACAAAGGUGAUCUUAGAAGACAUCAGAGCGUUCAUAUGGGAGAAAAACCUUACAAAUGUAGUGAAUGUGACAAAGGCUUUACUCAAAAAAUGCCGUCUUAUCAUUCAUCAGAUAAUUCAUACAGGAAAGAAAGGUUACAAAUGUAGUGAAUGUGACAAAUGCUUUAUUCUCAAAAGUGAUCUUAGUAUUCAUCAGAGAAUUCAUACAGGAGAAAAACUUUACAGAUGUAGUGAAUGUGACAAAUGCUUUACAAAGAAAUGCAGUAUUGGAAUUCAUCAGAGAAUACAUUCAGGAGAGAAACCUUACAAAUGCAGCGAAUAUAACAAGUCUUUUACUCAGCAAGGCAAUCUUAGUAUUCAUCUGCUAAUUCAUACAGGAGAGAAACCUUAUAAGUGCAGUGAAUGUGACAAAUUCUUUACUCAAAAAUGCAGUUUUAUUAUUCAUCAGAGAGUUCAUGCAGAAGAAAAACCCUACAAAUGCAGUGAGUGUGACAAAUGCUUUACUGACAAAUAUUGUCUUAGAACUCAUCAGAGAAUACAUUCAGGAAAUCGACCUUACAAAUGCAGUGAAUGUGACAAAUCUUUUAUGCUAAAAGCCAGGCUUAGGAGUCAUCAGAGAAUUCAUGCAGGUGAGAAGCCUUACAAAUGUAGUGAAUGUGACAAGUGUUUUACCUACAAAAGCAGUCUUAAUGCUCAUCAGAGAGUUCAUACAGGAGAGAAGCCUUACAAAUGUAGUGAAUGUGACAAAUGCUUUUCCCACAAAGGUGAUCUUAGAAAACAUCAAAGAAUUCAUACAGGUGAGAAACCUUACAAAUGUAGCGAAUGUGGCGCAACCUUUACCCAAAAAGGAAAUCUUCUUAUUCAUCAAAGAAUUCAUACAGGAGAGAAACCUUACAAAUACAGUGAAUAUGAUAAGUGCUUUACCUUGAAAAGCAGUCUUAUAAUUCAUUAGAGAAUCCAUGCAAGAAAAAAAAACUUAAAAAUAUAGUGAAUGUGAUAAAUUCUUUAGUCAGAAAAAAUCUUAGCCCUCAACAGAGAAUGUGAAGACAAUUUGUUGUGAAGACAAAUGAAGUGAAUGAGAAAAAUCCUUUCCCAAGGAAAGAUCAUCUUAGAAUUUAUCAGAGACUACAUAUAAGAGAGUCCUUACAAAUGUAGUAAAUGUACAAAUCUUUUGGUAUUGGCUUAUUGAUUAGAAUACAUCAAAGAAUGCAUAUAAGACAAAAAACAAAAAAAACCCAAAACUCAGAAAUGUAAUGUAUGAGGAAAGGUUUUUACCCAAAUCUCAGAUCUAAAAGAAUACCUUGAAAUUUAUAGUCAGAAAAAAAGUAUCCACUGGAAAAAAUGUGGCAUGGACUUUGUCCAAGUCAUAUUGUUUGCAACACUUGAAGCUCCACACUAGAGAAUUAUUAUUUAUUUUAUACAUGAGAAACUUGUAAAAGUGUUUAAUUAAUGCUCAAAUCUUAGAAACUACUCAGGGUUUAUGCUGAGAGAAACUGAACAUGUGACAAUGAAGGGAAUCUUUCAUAAAAAGUUUUACUUGUUCACUGUCAAAUACGUCAUCAUGAAGACACAAUGGAGAAGCUAGAAGAAUAUGGAAUUGAGUAACGUUUCCUGGAGACUGAAAUGAUCUAUUUCAAAGAGAAGCUGGUUAAGGCAAGAAAUACAUACUUCAGAAUAGCUAAUGAAACUGACAGCCUUCUGUGUAACUCAAAAUAAUUUACUCAGACAAAUUAUGCUUCUUAAAAGAGGAUUUGACAAACUGAGCCAUAAAGAUAGGAUGCUCUUUAUCCUGUAGAUAUUCUUAUAGUUAUGUAUUUUGCUCCCAGUGUCCAGUAUUCAUAAUCUGUAUCAUAUGCUGGUUUUAAGUUUCAGGAUGGCAAUUGUCUUUGAGUCCCUUGGGCUCUCAUUUACUCUUUCCUCUUAGUCAUGUAUGUAACUCCAAUAAAGCUCAUUGGUUCAACAACUCG